CCUCUGUGUGUGAUGUGUCAUCCAACAGUCAGUGGAAAAUUGCGUGUGUGAAAAAUCGGGAAAAUCAAUUGCAUUUUCUCCAGCCGCGCGGAGGAAAUUUGUUCGUUCCUGAAAAAUUAGUGUAAUUCUAGUGGUGUUUGUGUGUGCUGCACAAUAGCUUUUAUUCCUUGGCACAAAGUAGAGACACUGAACUGGUUCCAUACUCGUCCGGUGCUAGUGAAUAAAUAAAUCGAAAUUUCUCAGCUAUUGGCCAAGGAAACUCUAGUUCCUGCCUGUGAAGGACUUUUAUUUUCCAUUAAAUAGGCGUGUGUAGAAAAAUGUUGCGCAAAAAGUUGUGCUAUUCGGUUUCUCUUAACUAACUGCAGCCUUCAGCAGAAUUGUGCGACCAGAAAAGGGUUCCCCAAAGUGACCACAAAUAGUUUUCGCUUAGUUAAUAGUGGGUGGGGAUCGUGGUCCCUUCAGCACCCUCCUCUUCCCCCGUUUUCCGUGAAUCCCAUCAGGCAAAUAGACACACAACUCUUCCCCCGAAACAAGAAAUCCAAAAACUCGCCAAGGAUCACCGUCAGCUGUCCGGCCGUGGUGUUUGCCUCGGACACCGCCCCUCUGGAGCAACAAAAAUGUCCGAUAAAGGCACCUCCAGCACCUGUAGCACCGUUCCUCCACCCGCCUCCGGUCCAGACAACAACAAAUGGCUAUAUUUGAGCGGCGCCUCGAGCAGAAGGUUGUCCUAGAUGAUACGGAAGCGAUCGCCUGCCACAUCGAGACCGCACAAAACAUCGACGGCCACACGGAAUACGUGCUGCGAGUUCAGCGUGGACCAUACCCCGAAAACAGCUGGCGCAUUCUAAGACGUUACAAUGACUUCGCUUCGCUCAACAAGUGCUUGCAGAUAUCAGGGAUUGAGUUGCCGUUUCCUGGAAAAAAGUUCAUUGGUAACAUGCGCCCUGAGUUCAUAGCUGAGCGGUUGUCUGCACUACAAGAAUACCUAAAUCAAGUACUAAUGAAUCCCAUUUUGGCAUCAUCGCUACCGACCAAAAAAUUCAUCGACCCGGACAGCUACUCGACGCCGUUCCAUGAUCUUGCCCUGCAGUAUGCGUCCAUGUGUUUGCGCACCGAGGGCGUCUACACGCUGGGCCAGUCGCUCGGGCCGAUCGGGUGGCGUCUGCGGAAGCACUACUUCAAGGUGGUGCACAAGCCCCAGGGUGGCAACAAGCACUCCCCGGGGCACUCGACCACGAAGCAUCAUCUGAUCAAGUCGAGUUCGCAGUCGCACGGCAAGCAGCACACGACGCAGGUCUGCGUGACCACCUCGACCGAGAAGGACUACAACAACUCGAAGGAGGGCAGCGGUAGGGACGAUCUGAUCCUCACCUGGACCGAGUUCGGGCCGGAUCGGUACAUUGACGAGAAGGAGAUUCACAACGUGCUGAAGAACUUUGGCAGUGUGCAGCAUCCGUACAUCGUGCCGAUCGAGUACAUUGCGUCGAACGACAAUGGCGCGCUGGUGAUUCGCAAGUUUUACAAACAGGGCUCGUUGAAGGACGUGCUGUGUGGCGUGACUUCGCCGUGCAAUCCGUUUCUGUCCAAGUAUGGCAGUCCGAAGGGGCGAGCCCCGUUGCCGCUGAAGGAGCUGGCACUGUACGCGAGGCAGAUUCUGGAGGCGAUUCGGUUUCUGCACUCGAAGGGGUUGGCAUGCGGUCACGUCCACUGUGGCAACGUGCAGAUCUUGGACGGAGUGGCCCGGCUGAUGGACGUGGAGAAUUUCCUUUUUGGAGUACCGUCGUUCUACCGGCCGUUCUUUGUGCAGCACAGCAAAAUAAACUCGUGCGAAUCGAUCGACGUGUACGGCUUUGGCCAUUUGCUGUACGAGAUGUGCAUGGGCUAUCCGCUGCAGGACUCGUACGCGCGCCAAAUCACCGACUGUCCGGAUAGUUUGAAAUCUCUGCUCGAGUCGAUCCUGCUGAAGGACGCCUGCAAGUCAUCGCUUCCCACGCUCGAUCAGCUGGCGUCGCACGCGUUCUUCAGCGAGUACGCGGCCACCUUCAACGAGCAGUACGCCGCGGCCAUCGCAGCCCAAAAGCCACACCUGAAGUUUUCCACCAAUGCCAAAGAACAGCUGAAGCUGGCGGUGCAAAAGACUGAGAACCGCGUCCGCGACGAGCAAAAGUCGGUCAAAAACCAGAAGCGUCUAGUCAGGGUGCAGGAGAUGAUGACCUCCGAGGAGGAGAAGAAGAAGAUCAAGCAGAAAGCGAAACAAGAGCACCGUCAGGCCAAGCUUCGAGCUCAGAACUCACUCCAGCUGAACAACGGCCCACCAACGACGGUGACGGUCAGCGCCAGUUCCGGCUCGGCCGGGGCCGUCAUGUUCAAGUCGGACAGUGCAAAUAGUAUUACCUCGCCGCACGAUGCGGCCCUCAUGUCUCCGCCUCCGCACGGCGCCCCGGACAGCGGCGGCAGUGGCUCGUCUCCGCUGAGGCAGCCCCCGCCGUCGGCACCGCCGAUUCCGCCGCCCAACACGCUGGCCCUGUUUGAUCAGGCGCUGCAGGCCGCCGCCAGUGGUGGUGGUGGCGGUCGUGGUGGCAGUCCCAACCAGCAACAUCUGAAGGCCGCCGGUCGGCCCCAGCUGAACAAGUCAAUUUCCGGUGACGAUGGCUACUGCAGCACCACCCGCAACGCCCUGCUGGACUCGAUUUGCAACUUUAACAAGAGCGGUCUAAAGAAGGUAAGCAGCAGUGAGAAAUGAACGUGUUCUUUCCUAGAUCGGCGACGACGAUCCAAUCAAUCAAAAGAUGUGUAAAAUCCAGAGCACUAAUAUAUACUAGAAAUCCCACCACCCUGACAAAGGAUUAAUCAAUCAAAACUACGUUUAACACGCAAGCUAGAACAAAACUAAAUCAUUUCUCAGCAGAAUACAUAAGGUGGAGACGAUGACGAGGGGCGAACAGCAGCAGCUGACGAUACCUAAAACCAACUGAUCAAUCUGAUGGAAGUGUUUCGGACCAAUUUUUUCGUACUGUAGAGAAUUAUUAGUAGGGGAACGAAAAAAAAUCAAUAAAAUGAGACAAACACAGAACAAAGUAAACAAACAAACAAACAAAAAGUCGUAGAUAACAUAAAACACACUGGAAUUAUUUGAUUGUAAACUGAGGAUCUGCAAACGAACAGUAGGAAAUGGAGAAUCCGACAUCAGUGGCUGUUGAAACAGUUGAAUGCAACUAGUUUGUUGUGUAGCAUUGUAGGAAGCACACAUGAAGGUACUUCUUGUUUUGAAAAUAGAGAAUUUUACUGUUCAUUUGCUUGUUUUUUUGUUUGAUUGUUAACCUGUUGCAACCAAAAAAGAUCCGCUUGAUUGUCAAAAGUUAGGUCUCAAAAAGCGAAUAUAACAAGUUUCCAAAAGUAUGAAAUGUUUAAGCUCUAGGGAAGUUUUAAAAACAGUCAAACAGACGUAAAUUACUUUUUUUAAAUCAGAAAUCCAUCAAUCACUUCUCACUAGAGCCAUCUACUUGUGUACGAACGUACCGCAGGCAAAGUUUGGUAGUGGAGGAGGAACGGCUGGUUCGACGAGGAAUGUCUGGCGAUUUGGGACAAGAGCCUGCUGCAUAACACCCGUGGGAACAAAGAGUCGUACAAACAGUUGCGAAGACAGCAAAGAGUUGGAGUGCCAGGACAUGGAACAGCUGUAUCGUUCCAAUGAAACGCGUAAGUUCUACCAGAAACUCAGUCAAUCCCGCGGUCAUGCCGCGGGCCGAAAUGUGCCGGGAUAAGGACGGGGAAAUUUUUACGAACGAACAUGGUGGACGGCGAGGACAAGCCAGAACCCACGAUGAGGGAAGUUAAGGAUGCCAUCAAGAAGCUGAAGAACAACAAAGCUGCGGGUAGGGAUGGCAUCGGUGCGGAACUCAUCAAGAUGGGCCUGGACAAGCUGGCCGCCAGUCUACACCGGCUGACAGUCAAGAUCUGGGACACAGAACAGCUACCGGAGGAGUGGAAAGAGGUAGCAAUAUGCUCGAUCUAUAAGAAGGGGGAUUAGUUGGAAUGUGAGAAAGAUCGAGCCAUCACUAUUCUCAACGUAGCCUAUAAAGUGCUGUCUCAGAUCAUCUUCUGUCGUCUGUUGGAGCGAGCAAAGGAUUUUGUUGGUACGUACCAGGCCGGAUUCGUGAAGGGGAAAUCGACGACGGACCAAAUCUUUUUGCUACGUCAAAACCUCCAAAAAUGUCGCGAAGAUCUAUGGAAGAUCAUGUACGAGAACGACUUUUCCGGGAUGCUGAUCAGAAUGGUGAAAUCAACGGGGUGCGAUGUCCGACCCGAUCGAAUCGCGCAGGGGACUGCGAUAAGGCGACGGUAUCUCCGGCCUCUGUUUCAACAUUGGGCUUGAAGGUGUUAUGAGACGGCCGGGCUUCAACACGAUUAUCAACCGAUUCAGCUAGUUCAUCUGCUAUGCCGACGACAUAGACAUUGUCAGCAGAACGUUCGAGGAAGUGGCUAGGAGGUACACCGAAUUGAAGUGGGAAGCGGAGAAGGUUGGUGAAUGUGGCGAAGACGAAUGGUGUCGCACUCAGAGCUGUUAAAGUGUUUCUUUGAAAAAACUCGCGCUAGUUCCGCACGAGUUUCGCUGCCCUCUUGGAACUGAAACUCUAGUGCCGCACUGGCUCUUCAAACGAACGUACCAGAAGUAUCUGCUGGCAGGAGGAACCGAGUCCCGUAGGGCUCGCAUAGGACGAUCGACAGGGACGAGUUUGGACUAUAGACCCUAAGGUCUGGUCACCUUUCCCGGCGUCCCGGUCGUUUUCUAUGGGCACGAGACGUGGACGAUGCUCGAAGGGGACAUGCAAGCGCUUGAAGUUUUUGAACAACGAGUGCUUAGGACGAUCUUUGUCGGACACGUCGCAAGAAUGCCGGAUGCGGUGAAGUUGGGUCUAAUUUAAAGCCAGUUGGAACGCGGCGGAGGGUAAAAGUUUUCAUUUUUAAAACAAGAAAAAAAGCUUUUAAUCUAGCGAUUUUUAACAACUUUUUAUUUCAAAAGUAAGCUACUUUUUUUUAUUGAAGUAAUAUUUUCUGUGUGUAGUUUUAAACAUCUGUCAAACGCGUGUAGUUGAGCUGUGGUGAAUUAAAAUUUACGGUGGUGAAUUUCGUAACACUCAAAAUGCCAGGUCAAUCGAUAAUUGAUGGUUGGUUUUAAAAAGAGAUUAAAGUUGGUUUGUUUGUGGUUAAAUUGACUGUUUUCUAGAAUUUUAGAGAACAAUUACAAAAAAAGAUCCCAAUUUUGCUUAGUGAUUAAAAAACGAAAUAUUUUUAUUUGUUCGUUUUUGGAAAUAUAAACGUUCAAUAUCGUAUCAGUUUGUUUUUUUUUGUUGAAUCCUGAAAAAAAGUCAUUAUAUUGAAAAUUUUAUUAAUCAUUGCAGAGAUAUUGCCAUUUCAGAAGAUUUAAAAAUGUGUUUCCUGUUUGUUUUCUUUUUAUGUUAAUUUUACAUUCCCAAAAUCAUGAAAAUUUGAGAAAAUGUAUUUCAUAUAUUCCACCAAUAUCUCUCCUAAAGAUUAAGAUUAAGAGAUUCGAGACAUUUUUGAUCGAGUUUAUUUGUUAAAUAUUAUUUUUGAAAUAAAUUUAUCAUUUCGGCAAGGUACCUUCAAAUGCAAGACUCUAGGGAAACUAAAUCAAAUUAUAAUAAAACACAUCUCGUUGGAAAAACCAACCACACAUGAUCAACUAUUGGCAGUGCCAGCCGGGUUCCAAAAUUGCACACGAUUAGUCCGGUAAGAAUCGGCUGGAUUAGCUUUAGGAACCGAACGUGGAAAUAAACAUGCUUUAAAAAGAAACAAACCAAUGUGGGUGGAGAGAUGAACCUUAAAUUUAAUCAACACACAGAACAUCCUAAAUAGUUAGCACAUUCGAUGGCUAUGCGUAACAGUAACAAAGAAACAUAUAUUAUUAAGCAGUUAGUUGUGCUUGUCGUUAUGUGAGAAAAGAAAAUAUUGUGGAAUAAGAAAUAAGUUGGUCCUCCCAGUCCCAAGCAAAAUGUGAACGAACCUCACGCGUGGGGUAAGCCUAGUUUGUGUCGAAGCCCUUCUUUAUCAUCCUAGUUGUUCCUAAAUUAAUGGUUGACGUUUUUGGAAGAGAGAGAGAGUUGCACAAAACACCCCAACACCCACCCACCUUGUUGUUCCUUGUUUGAGUUUUUGCUCGUGUCUGUGAUUAUGUGUUUUAAGCCCCGAACAACGUUCGGAUACCUCAACAGAUUGGAGGGCAAAGUGCGGCUUUGCCCCUUACGGAGAGGUGUUGAAUGUGUUUCUUGGUUGGAAUCGAAAGCGUGGCAAGUGGAAAUGAUCUUAUGAAAGAACUAACGGUUAUUUGCGAUUCACACUCGCGUAUAUAACUCUUAUAAAACAAAUACGCAGUACUAAUCGUUAAUCGGAGUGUUCGUAGGGGACACGCCCAGCAGUAAGAAUAGAGAAACUAUUAUAAAAAGUAAAAUAAAAUACAUUCCAACCCACACACACACACACUUACUCACAAAGUGAUGUAGUCGUUUUGCUCGAUACCUGUUCAUCUAUCGCAGUCGCAGUUUCACGUAAUUAUUUAUGUUGUUUACAAACCUUGUGCCAUACGAAACCUCCUGGAGAGGAGAGAGAGAGGACAGUGUAGUAAGAGUGGAAAAGUUCUUAGCGCCCUUUGCUAAAUCGAUGUUUCAAAAUUUGUAUCGAUCAAUUCCAAUCAUGCAUAAAAAUAACCUUUUGAAAAAAUAUGCUUGCUCUCACAGUAUUGUAUCGAGUUAAUGUGAAAAAAUAAUUUUAAUCGCAAAUAUCUGUAAUAUUGUUUAAAAUUAUUUUUCGUUUGCAAGUCGUUUUGAACAUUUGAUUUGAAUCUUUACGGAAAUGCAAUAUUGAUAAAAACAAGCAUUUUAUCUAGUCUCACCUCGUUUCAAAUUUGGUUGUACGACUUAUUAAAAUGUUUGAAAUUUAGUUUUAAAUUUAAUAUCUUUUUGAAACAUUGACAUUGUAGGGCGUGAUAGGCAUACUGUUGCAAGCGAAUAAUACAAUUCUACACUCUAAACAUUUAUUGCAAGAAAAACUUUUCUCACUAUCUCUCAUUAUAAUUGUGAUUUAUGUCAACUAACUUUUAUCCUGAUAUAUAUCUCCCCUUUUAUAACAACAUUAUAUACUAUACAAUUUUAAACGAUACCUUACACCAGUGUAAAAAAUAUUCUACUAGCAAAAUAUCAACAUUAAAUUUAAACACACAAACAAAAACUAUUCAUAUUUCGUGCAGCGGAUGUUGUUAACAAAAGAAUAAAUCAACUUUUUGAUAAUGGAACUAAAUUUAUAGAAACUACACUCAUUUCGAUACGCAGACUAUUCACCACUAGUACUCUCACCUCUAAAAACACACUAACGACACCUAACGAUCCCAAGAACCAGUGUAAGAGCAUCAGCAGGUAGCAACCUAACGUGUAAACUCAUUUAUAAUACGCAUACAAUCCGAGUAAAUCUGUGGUAAACAUUAAUACAAAUACAUGCAACAAAAAAAAAAAAACAUAA